AUGGAUACAAUUAGUGGCCUCCUUGAUUCAUUAGGAGGCCACCCAUACCAUAAAUUAUGGGUGGUAUAUUUCUCAAAACCUACACCUUCUGUGGUCUCAGAUAUAAUGAGUUCCACAGCAGUUGAUAAUUUUAUUUUUUCUUUCAAUUAUACGCCAACAAACCUUAAAGAUAUCGCAACAGCAUUAAAAAAGAAACCAAAUGACGAAGAUGUAACUGCUGUUUUCGCUAAACUUUUCAAAUUUGAAACUGUUCCUUUACUAAAUCAUCUCAUAUUUUUUCAUUCCUGGUUCGAAUCGAACGCAGAAAUUAACCAAUCAAACAGUCGUUUCUGUAUUGAAGACUAUUACAUUCGUAGUUUCAUUAUAAUUUCAUAUUAUUUACAUUCAACAGUUGACGAGAUUAUUCACGGAGCCAGCAAUACAGCAGUUCACGAUGUGUACUGGAAUUUGCUCUCAGAAGUCAUCAGCAUUUUACUUUGCCUCGAAUCUAUUUCAAUACAAGACAUAUCCAAUCUAUUGCAAUAUUUUUAUGAGGCGUUUCCCAACUUAAACGCGAUAUUUAAUCCAAACAUAAAUGAGAAUUUACGAAAAUCAUUAAUUCAGAUUGCAAAUAUCCUCACGCCCUACUGCAAGACAGAACAGCUCUACCAAAGCUACAAUACUAUCGUGUUUCUGGGCGAAUUCUUUCAUUGUUGGGUUUCGGUAUUUCAAAAAGACGAAUAUAUGGACUCGUUCAUCACUUUUACGUCGGCGUUUUUGAAUACUGCGCAUUCAAUAAUUGAAGGAUUCCAGCAAAGUCAAAUUGGUUUGUUGAUUUCUGACAUAUCUUCAAUUAUACAGUAUUUAAUAUCCGGACGUAUGAAUAGUUUAUCUUACUACCAGUUACUUGUCCCGAGUUUUAAGUUUUUGACCAAAGUUAUUGAUAAUACUUCCGAUAGAGAACAUGUCAUAUCAAUUGUUAAUGAUUUGCUUAUUGUACUGCUUGUACAGUUCACAAAUAUUGCAAUUGAAGUACUUCCAAAUGAAUUGGAACAAGAAAUCAACAUAGAAAUUUCAAUGAAGUAUUUUUCAACGAAUAUCAUAACAAAAAAAGGUUGCACUAUAUUCGAUCCGACAUAUAUAACAAUAUUUAAAGAGAUGGGAAACUAUAUUGCAAAACUUGGUCCAAAAUCUGAAGAUUUUAUGAAAUUAGUCACUCAAAACCUCCAAAACGCCAAUCCUUCAAUGAAACUCAAGUUCACAUUGACAUAUUUACUAGCUUUGUCCCAAGUAAAAGUGUCAAACUUCAAAACUUUCGAAGAUUUUGUAAAUGAAAUCCAAAUUGACAUCAUUUUCCCUAUUGGUGUUGAAGGAGACACAAUAUUGAGCCAAUGCCAAACCGCUUUUUUGAAUUUUCUUUAUCUUUUCUCUCAAAAUAAUCCACAACACCAUGAAAACUUGUUUGAUCUCAUUACUACGUUCUUUGCAGGUGACCAGUUCGAAAGAGUUGUUAAAUUCAUUCCUCUUUUUAGGUCUUUCGUUUUAGAUUCAAAUUUGAAAUUUUUAGAGUCCCAAAUUUUCAUUACUAUUGGAGAUUACUUGACCAAAUCGAAGUCCAGACAGGUUGCAAUCAAUGAUACGACUCGUCAUCACUUAAUUAUUUUCUAUGCAACAGUUUGCCAAAAAUUUACCGAUGAAAUGUUCAUAAAAUCGAAUAAUGUUGUUAUAUUAACAAUCCUUAUACUGUUAAUGAAAGGAUAUGAUGACCUUUACCAACCAAUUUUUGAUCAUUUCUUUCAAAUUGUUAAUAUCCACAAUACAGAUGAAAAUCCUGAAUAUUUGACAACAUUACUUAACCAUACUAGUUUUGUAUUGGGUCAAAUUGGCUUCGAUGCUGAUUUAUUGAGCGUUGCAAUUUCAAUUUCGAUUUCUUUGUUCCAUGGAUUGCAUAAAGUCAAAGGAGACCCAACGAAUAUCAUCUCUAAGUCCCAGGUUCUUAAGAUAAUUGCUCAAACAGCCGCUAAUUUCCAUUCUUCGGCUUUAUUCAAAAUUUCAAUUAAAAUUAUUUCAUAUCUCUCUUGUAGAUUCCCUCAUUGUGUAUCCCAGAAUAAUCCUAAGAUCUACAAAGUCCUGAAAACAGCAAUUCCUCUUGAUUUUACUGAUAAUGAACUGAUUUAUUUGAUGGAAAGCUACAUUUACGCUCCAAACAGCGUUUUAUCCGCUGAAUCAGUCCAAGAAAAUAUCAUUGUUGAACCUCAGGCCCUUUCUUUGCUCUUAAAAUUAGUUGAAGGAACACAAUUUGAAGAAAAAGUACUUUCCAAUCUUUAUGACGCUUGUGCAUGCAGUGUAACUAACUCAUACAAGUGUUUUAUCUAUGAUGUACUGAACGAUUUGCUUCGAAGAUUGUCGAAUUCUGUAAUUUCUCAAGCAAUUAACAUAUUUUCCAUCAUUGCAAGCCAAUUCUUCUCUCCCACGGUCAUGAGAAAUAUCAUAAAGACCUUAAAAGAGACAGAAAACUAUGAUUUGAGGCUGCAAAUGGCAAAUUGUUUCUUGGAUUUCGUUACACGAUGCGAAAUUUUCCCAACUUCCUCUUUCUUUCACUUCUCCGGCCACUCAAGUAUCAUUUAUUCCAAAGUUCCUGUUAAUUGUUUCACAUUUCCUUUCGCCAUCUCAUUUUGUUUCAGGAUUUCUAAGAAGGCUGUUAACAAAAAGCAUCCUUUGAUAUCAUUUGCACAGAACCAGAACGAUUUCUUUACAUUCUACGUUGAUAUUGAUGGAAUAUUGAAAUUGACAAUCGCAAAGAAUGGAAAGAUGCAGACAUUUUCCAUAAAUUCCACUAAAGCGCCAAGAUGGCAUGUCGUUAAUAUCAAAAUUACUCAGCAAAACAUGUUAAUUAAUAUAGAUGGAAAUAAUUAUAACUUAGAAACGGCCAGUAUCAAGAUUGAUGACUCCCAAACGAUUUUUAUUGGUGCAUUCAAUAAUAAUUCGUUGGUUGGAGACAUCAGUCCCGUUUUUAUUUCAAAAAUUGAAAAAUUUAGUUUGACAAUUACACAAACAAAAGAAGCAAUGGAGAUCGGCGAUGUUCCACAGAACAGUAUCAUUGCAUUUAUACCUUCCAAUGCCAAAGAAAACGAUAUUUUCGUUGCAACAAGCAAUAAAAAUAAUAAAAUUGCCAAAAUUACGGCAGAUCCGAUUCCUUUUGUAUCCAGCUUUGUUAGCGUGAUGAAUUUUGAUUCCAUAUUCCCUUUAACUUUGCCGUUAAUGCUUCUUCACGGUGGAAAAGAAAGCGAAAUAUAUUUGAGAAGUUUAUUCGGUUUAUUUGUGUCCAUGAUUACAAAAGACGCAAAAAUGGAGAGCUUUUUCAGAAAUUGUGGCGGUUUUAGAUUAUUUGCCAGCAUAUUAAAGUACACACCCAAUUUAUUUACAGCCAGCCUUGUUCACGACAUCGUUGCCUUGUUCAAUCACGUGUCAGAUGACUCAAAAGUCGAAUUGGUCAGAUUUGUAAUUUUGAAUUACGGAAUUUGGAGAGGAAAAGACUUCGAAUUCCAGAGAUCUUUGUAUGGAGAAGCCAUUCCGCAGCUAAUUGAGCAGUAUCCGCAGUUCUUUACCACUUUGACAACCGAAGAAUUGCUUAUUGACACAAUUUGGAACACGGAAUCGAUCCAGAAUGAUUUCGAGGAUAUAACAGAAGCUACUUUCGGCACUUUCGCUAAAGAAUUCCAGAAAUACAAGCUGUUUGACGAAGAUCAAGAGUUUGGAAACAUUUUAAUCAACCAAAAAUGGCAAAUUUUAGCCAAAAUAGCUUUAUUAUGUCCGAUAGAGAGCACAUUUCUUUAUAUCUACAUGGUAUCCUUCUAUUACCAUGACGCAAACAUUAAAAGAUGCGCAAAAGAUUCAUUGAUCAAAAUCUUGAAUCAAGGAAAGGACAUAACAGGCUUAAUUCAAUGCAUGCAUCCAUUGGAUGCUUGUAUCAAAGAGAUUAAGUACAAUCCUGAGUCAUUUGACCAAACAAUGACGAUUUUAUCUUUAAUGAUGAUAUAUUGUAAGGAAUCAGAUAUAUUUAAUUGUUUCGAAGUGUUAUCUAUGUUCAUUACUGCAGAUAAUGCUCAAAAAUUCUAUGAUUUUGGAAUAUUUAUCUACAGUUCUCCAAGUCAGAACGAGAUCUACUCAGAUUUGUUAGUAUUUAUACUCAAAAGUUACUUGUUCGAUAUAAAUUUCACGACAAGUUCGAUGGAUGUCGUUCUACAGAGCUUAUUAGACAAAUCUAUCAUAGAAAAGAUCAUAAAGUUCCAUGAUAGCUACAGAUUAUUGGCUAACUACUUCCGUAAAUACAAUGUACAGAUCGAAUAUAUAGUUGCAAUCAUGCUAAACGCGUUAAUGGCUGAUGGAGGCCGAGAUUUCACUUCUUUCUUCGAAACAAUGGGUGAAGAACAGAGCCUCAAACUCGUGGAGUUGCUUAUCACUCAGUCCGUUCUAAUCUCUACCCUUGCUUUCGCUUGUUCUUUCAUUGCUUACACAAAUUGUGAGGAAAAAUCGGUUUUAUUGAAUAUUAUAAAGCUGUUCGAAAGAUGCAUAAAACAUGAACCAAACACAAUGUUGCACUUUGGAGACCGCGAAAUGCACAUUUUCGUGGCUUUUUCGAAUAUUUGUGGAUUAAUUCAAGCAAAAUUCCCAGAAAAGACGAACGAGAUCGAGAACAUAUUCUCCAAACUUGUUGUUGUACUUCCUCCGACAGUUGAUAUGAGAAUUGCGCAGAAAUUGUUCCACAAAUCAAAUUUGGAAUUAUUUAAACCGAAUUCUCAGUCAGAAACACAAAAAUUAGAGCAGAAAUACAAAGAAAGCGAGCACAAGUGCAACGUAGAAAGCGAAACAUUGAACAAUGUCAUUGUUGCCUAUUCCCAGAACAUGUCCAACGACAAACUUAGGACUACGACACUAUUUACGUCAUUUAUAAGGUCAAUAACGACAGAUGGUGGUGCAUGGUCCGUUGACUUGCCGAAGUAUUGGCGUAAUUCCAUUAAAUUAGACACUUUAGGGCGUCCAAUCUUCGAACGACGUAAUAUGAACUUCUGCGACCAUAAGAAUACAGGUAACAAGAACGAGGAGAAUAACGAGAAUGAGGUAGAAACUGUUUCAAAGGUACUUUUGUCGUUCAAAAAAGAUAUUAUGGCUUCAAUUACGGCUUUUGCAUGUAAAUCGAGGAGAUUAAAUGGUUUCUACGAUGGAUAUAUCCAUUUGCUAUCAGAUUCGUUGGCUUUUGACGGUAAAUGUACUUUAGAUUCUUUCGGAAUCGAAUAUCCACAGAAUGAACAGAACAAAUCAUGGUUCAAAAGUAUCAAAUUCGACGAGAUAACAUUUAUCUUCUGGAGAUACUUCAUGCACGAUGAUUGCGGAAUAGAAAUUUACACAGAAACAAUGAAAAGUUACAUUUUCUACUUCCCCAAUAAAAUUGAGAGGGAUAAAUUUUUGGACAAAAUUUUCCCAAAUAUACCAAAGUUCUCUUUCGGUGAUAAACACUUGUUUUACCGUCUUGCUUUGGUAAACAAUGAAAUUCCUGUUCAAAACUGCGAUGCUGAAGAAUUAUUGUUGAGAUCUAAGGUCAGCGAUCAAUGGGUGAAAGGAAAACUCUCUAAUUACGAGUACAUAUUCCUUUUGAACGUGAUUUCUGGCAGAUCUUUCAACGAUGUCAGUCAAUAUCCAAUUUUCCCUUGGAUUAUUUCAAACUACACUUCAGAUAAGUUUGAUCUGAGUGAUCCUUCAUUCUUUAGAGACCUUUCCAAGCCAAUUGGUGCUCUAAAUAAAGAGAGAUUGGAGAGUUUGUAUCAAAUCCGAAAUAAUCUCGAAGAAGUCGGAGAUGAAAAGUGUCUUUACAGAUCGAAUAUGUCCAAUCCAUCCACUGUUUGCGGUUUCUUGAUCAGACAAGAGCCUUUUACGUCGAUGCACAUUAGAUUACAAGACGGAUGCUUCGAUAAAGCUAACAGACUGUUCUAUUCGAUUGGAUCCGCAUGGAACUCGGUCAAUAAUUCCAUUUCGGACUACAGGGAGCUCAUUCCUCAGUUCUUUACGAAUCCGAAAUUUUUAUUGAACUCAAACAACUUUUAUUUCGGAAAAAGAAGCAACAGGAAGGUCAUAAACAACGUAAAUCUUCCACCGUGGUGUACCAGCGCCUAUGAUUUCGUUGAUAAAAACGCAAUUGCUCUUGAAUCCAAUUUUGUUUCUCUUCAUUUGAACGAAUGGAUUGAUUUAGUGUUUGGAAUUUACCAGAGGGACAUUGAGCACCACAACGAAUUCCAUUACUACUCAUACCACGAGUCAAUGAACGACAAUGACGAAACAACAAAAGUUUUGAAACAAAGUCACUGCGCAAAUUUCGGAUGUUUACCAACGAAAAUCUUCAAAUACAAGUCAUAUAAAAGGAACAUCCCUAUACCUAACAAACUCUUCGAAGUUCCUUUGCAACAAUCGAAAGUUGUCCAUUUAUCAGAUGGUUUCUGUCUCUGGGAAGAUGGAACAUUCAUGAAACUGUCAAAGAAAAUGCAAAAAGUGAAAUUCCCCAUCAAAUUUUCAACGGAAUAUUUGAUGACAAUUUGUCAGAAACCAUUGACAUUAUUUGUUUGUGCACAGCAUUCAACUGUUGUCACAUCAUUCCCUUUCAACAAACCAUGGAGUCCAUUAAGAUUGAUUCAUUCUUCAUCAACAAUUUCAUGCAUGAAAGGAAUAAAUGACAAAUUAAUUGUUGGCGGAAACGACUGUUUCUUGUACAUCUGGCAAUGGAAGAACAACUCGAUCGUGCUCAGUUCUACCAUGCAAUUGCAUUCCAGUUCGAUUUGUUCGAUCACUACUAGCUCUGUCUUAGAUAUUUGUUGUUCAAUCGACACGAAUCACAUUGUUUUCGUUGUUUCUUUGACGGAUAAAAGAGUUCUUUCGUCCUUCAAAGUCAAAUGCAAUGAUGAAACUGUCUUCCACAAUAUAUGCAUCUGCGACAACGCCAGAUUAAUAAUAUCAAGCGAGUCCGAGAACUUGAACACACAAGUCGCAAUUUAUGAUUUAUACGGAAAUAUUUUGUCAAAUUCGAAUUUUACAUGUGAAGUUGUCGGUUUACAUUCUGGAUUUUUGAGGUCGAACGAAUACCUAAUGAUAGUGACAUUAGGUGCAAAAAGGUUGGAAUUCUUCUGCAAAAAAGCGGAUGGAACGGAUUGGCUGAAAUCUUCCGAUUCAAAGAAAUUAUGGGAAGAUUUCGAUCCAAAAUUCUUAUGUAUAAGAGAAAAGGAAAGAGUUAUCUGGUAUGUCACAAGAUCAGGUAAUCUUAACCGUGUUAUUAUAUAA